UGAGUUCCGUCUGGGCCGAAAGGAAGGAAAGAGCCAGGGCUAACAUCACGGCUCUGCUGCCCGUUAAACGUCUCCUUUCUCGGGUUGUCGUAGUGUUUAGUUUGUUUCUUUGUGUAAACGUGUCCGCGGUGGGUGACGGUACCGGUGGGUGACGGUACCGUGUGGUGCGUUCACUGUUUCUGUACCGUGCCUCUGUGUUUUUAGCAUCCAUGCUAAGCUAACAGGUCGCAUUGUUUUGGUUGUGUCCGUGUCGACAGCCGCGCGCUCUCCGGUGCUCGGGGUGGGUUUCAGCUGUGGUUCGGUCCAGUCUGGUUCUGGUUCAGGUUCAGGCCGGUCUGGUUCUGGGUCGGACCAUGGCUCACAGUGGACGUAAAGACUCCCCGGAACUGCCGGACUUCUCUCUGCUGAAGAGGCUGGCGCGAGACCAGCUCAUCUACCUGCUGGAACAGUUACCGGGGAAGAAGGACCUGUUCAUCGCUGCAGACCUGAUGAGUCCUCUGGAUCGAAUCGCCAACGUGUCCACUCUAAAGGUGAGUCUGGUCACAUGGUCGUAUCUGCUCCAAUCAGACGAGUCCACUCUAAAGACGGUCCACUCUAAGGUGGAGUCUGGUCACAUGGUCGUAUCUGCUCCAAUCAGACGAGUUCCACUCCUAAAGGUGAGUCUGGUCACAUGGUCGUAUCUGCUCCAAUCAGACGAGUCCACUCUAAAGGUGAGUCUGGUCACAUGGUCCGUAUCUGCUCCAAUCAGACGAGUCCACUCUAAAGGUGAUCUGGUCACAGUGUCGUAUCUGCUCCAAUCAGACGAGUCCACUCUAAAGGUGAGUCUGGUCACAUGGUCGUAUCUGCUCCAAUCAGACGAGUCCACUCUAAAGGUGAGUCUGGUCACAUGGUCGUAUCUGCUCCAAUCAGACGAGUCCACUCUAAAGGUGAGUCUGGUCACAUGGUCGUAUCUGCUCCAAUCAGACGAGUCCACUCUAAAGGUGAGUCUGGUCACAUGGUCGUAUCUGCUCCAAUCAGACGAGUCCACUCUAAAGGUGAGUCUGGUCACAUGGUCGUAUCUGCUCCAAUCAGACGAGUCCACUCUAAAGGUGAGUCUGGUCACAUGGUCGUAUCUGCUCCAAUCAGACGUGUCCACUCUAAAGGUGAGUCUGGUCACAUGGUCGUAUCUGCUCCAAUCAGACGAGUCCACUCUAAGACGAGUCCACUCUAAAGGUGAGUCUGGUCACAUGGUCGUAUCUGCUCCAAUCAGACGAGUCCACUCUAAAGGUGAGUCUGGUCACAUGGUCGUAUCUGCUCCAAUCAGACGAGUCCACUCUAAAGACGUGUCCACUCUAAAGGUGAGUCUGGUCACAUGGUCGUAUCUGCUCCAAUCAGACGAGUCCACUCUAAAGGUGAGUCUGGUCACAUGGUCGUAUCUGCUCCAAUCAGACGAGUCCACUCUAAAGGUGAGUCUGGUCACAUGGUCGUAUCUGCUCCAAUCAGACGAGUCCACUCUAAAGUGUGUAUAUAUGUGUGUAUAUGUGUGUGUGUGUAUAUGUGUGUGUGUAUGUGUGUGUGUGUGUGUGUGUGCUCUUUUUCAGGUCUUCAGUGAAAUCAGAAAUGAACAUUUUUCCAACGUCUUCGGUUUCCUCAGUCAGAAAGCUCGGAACCUGCAGACGGCGUACGAUAAACGUCGAGGCAUGGACAUAAAGCAGAUGAAGGCGUUCGUGUCAGAGGAGCUGAAGGGGUUAAAGCAGGAGCAUCGCCUCCUCAGUCUGCAUAUCGGAGCCAGCGAGUCGAUAAUGAAGAAGAAAACCAAACAGGAUUUCCAGGAGCUUUUAAAGACGGAGCACUCCUUAUUGGAAGGAUUUGAAAUCCGAGAAUGUAUUCAGUUCAUAGAGGAACACAUCAGCAGACAGGUGUCCAUGAUUGAAAGUCUGCGGCUGCUUUGUCUUCUGUCACUGACUGAAAACGGACUUCUUCCUAAAGACUUCAGGGCUUUAAAUGCUCAGUAUUUACAGAGUUACGGCUGUGAACACCUGCUGAGUUUCUCCAACCUGAGGACGGUGGGUCUGCUGGUGGAACAACAGACUGGAGAAACUCUGACUGUGAUGGAGAGCAGAGUGGGCAAACUGGUGAACGACAGAACAGCAGGUAAACUGACCGACGCCUUCUCGUCUUUGGCAAAGAAGAGUAACUUCAGAGCGCUGAGUCGUAAACUGAACCUGGUCCCUAAGUCGGAUGAGGAGUACGACCUGCGUGUUCCUAAAGACAUGGCGUACAUCUUCAGCGGCGCCUACGUCCCCCUCAGCUGUAAACUCAUCGAACAGGUGCUGGACAGAGACGGCUGGACGGGGAUGGACGAAGUGAGCCGACUGCUGAACGGACACGAGUUCGCUGUCACAGGUGGUGGUGGUGAUCUGAAGCGGCAGAACGACACCCACCGUGUGGUCCUGGUCCUGUUCCUGGGAGGAUGCACCUACUCUGAGAUCAGCGCCUUACGCUUCCUGGGCCGAGAGAAAGGUUAUAAAUUCAUCGUGGUGACGACUGCGAUCACCAACAGUUCUCGACUCCUGGAGGCUCUGCUGGACAAUCAGAUGUAAAUGUGCACAAAUACUGAAAACUGUACAGAUACCACACAUGUGUAAAAGUACACAUUCCAUUUACAGUCACGUGGAAUAAUGGAAAUAAAGACAUUCAA